AUGGGUCAAUUGCUGUUAUCAAGAAUCACUCCAGCCCGACCAUCUGCCGUCUGUGGUGUGGAUUACGCUAGUCCCAUCACGCUAAAGACUUGGAAAGGCAGAGGCGCCAAAACAUCUAAGGGUUGGAUGUGCAUUUUUGUGUGCUUCGUUACAUCUGCACUUCAUUUGGAGAUUGUAACAGAUUAUUCAGUUGACUCAUUCAUUGCAGCGUUCAGACGGUUCACUGGACGUCAAGGUGUCUGCAGAACUCUCCACAGUGAUUGUGGCACUACAUUCCAAGGCGCAGACACGCUCAUCAGACAACUCUUCAAGGAGGGGACUCAACAGGCCAGUCAACUUGCAGCUGUAUUUACAAAGGAUGGAACUGAGUGGAGGUUUAAUCCACCAGCUGCACCACAUAUGGGAGAAAAAUGGGAAGCUGCAGUCAAAUCUGUAAAGUUUCAUCUUAACAGAACUAUAGGCGACUCACUCUUUACAUAUGAAGAGCUUUCCACACUGCUUGUCCAGAUAGAAGCAGUCCUCAAUUCCAGACCACUCGAACCUCUCUCAGCCGACUCUACAGACAUCUCAGUGUUAACUCCAGCACACUUCUUGGUUAGUGAACCGCUUGUAACAUUGCCAGAGCCUUCACUGAAAGAUGUGCCAAUGCCACGCUUGUACAGGUGGCAAUUUAUUCAGCAGCGACUCCAAUCGUUUUGA